GUGUACGUCAUACUUGUAGUCCGUGUCCUUUGUGGUUUUUUCCCCAUUAUGACAUCAUUACCCAGAAUGCUACUCGGCUGACCUUCAGUGGGAGGAGACACGGGGAAAUCGGAAGCAUGGCUGCAGGGAUACUAACCAAAGUAAUCCAUGGUGUGAGGAGUGUGAGGAGUGUGAGGCAGGUGGGAUCAGUGUUCUCCUGCAGCAGCCACACAUACACCACUGCUGCCAAACCUACACCUGCUUUUCACAACCAAGAUGCUGAUGUGAAUGAUAAGAUCAUGAACUUUCCUCUGACCCAGCCGGACUUCUUCAGUGUGUCUGAGCUCUUUACUGUAAAGGACCUGUUUGAGGCCCGAGUCCACCUUGGCCACAAGAAAGGCUGCAGGCACAGAUUGAUGGAGCCCUAUCUGUUUGGUACACGCCUGGACAUGGACAUCAUUGAUUUGGAGCAGACCGCAUCCCACCUACAGCAGGCUCUGAACUUCACAGCACACGUGGCUUACCGCGGCGGCAUCGUGCUCUUUGUAAGCCGCCGGCGCCAGUUCACACACCUGAUUGAAUCUACAGCGCAGCAAUGCGGUGAAUAUGCUCACGCUCGCUACUGGCAGGGAGGUGUGCUCACCAAUGCCAAUGCCACUGGGGUGCGCCUUCCUGACCUCAUCAUCUUCCUCUGUACACAAAACAGUGUCUUCCAGACACACACUGGCGUACGCGAUGCCGCCAAGGUCAACAUUCCCACAGUGGGCAUCAUCGACUCAGACUGUGACCCAAGCCUCAUUACGUAUCCAGUGCCGGGCAACGAUGACACUCCGGCUGCAGUGGAGCUGUACUGCCGUCUGUUCAGGAUGGCUAUCAACAGGGCAAAGGACAAGAGGAAGCAAAUGGAGCUGCUCAAGGGGAUAUGAACAAAAAGAGAGAGAGAGAGAGAGAGACAGUCUAGAGACCCACAGAGACAUGAGGAUAAGUUUAAGUUCUGCACUUAAUCUGAAUUUUUUUUGUCAGCUGGUCAUCACAAUUCAGAGCUUAGUGUUGAUCUAGUUCUUGGUCCUUGUUGAUAUUUUUUUUCCCCUCCCCUCAAACACACCACUGAUAGAAUCAGCUAAUUAUCAAACCCAGCACCACCUCUGGGUGUGUCCAAGCAGGGAUUCACUAAAAUGUGGAGUGUAUGGUAUCCUCAGGAUUGGGUUGGAAAACCACUGUAUCCCAACUCUCACCGAGAUAGAGCAAAAAUGUAGACCAUCUCUGAGGCACUGAGGACUGGGUUAAGAAUCCCCAUUAUAUCUCAACAAGUAGCCAAGGAUACUGAAAGUCUCCAGGAUUUUUUGUGUAUCAUGUUGAGAUUUGAUGUACUAUUAAACAUUUGGGUUCCAUCACUAAGUAAAAUUAACGUUUCUGAUUAAA